GCGAUCCGCCCUGACCUCGCCUGCCCUCGGUCCGAGCAUUGAUACCCGACUAUAUUAAGGCAUAGACAGAGCGGGAUACAAAAUGGAGGCGCUAUCCCCCCGCUCCACAAACCACAUCAUCAAACCCAAAAGCAUGGAGCGCAAGGUGUUGGACAAGAACGCCGCCGCCGCCGCCCAGAAAGCCUCCUCGUCGAAGAACCAUGCGCCGCCGCCGCCGUCGCUGGUCCUGGAGCCGGAGGAGGAUGGAGAGAGGUACUCGACGGGCGCCUUUCUGGGGAAAGGAGGGUUCGCCAUCUGCUACGAGGGGACCCUCCUGCGGACAGGGCGCGUGUUCGCCAUGAAGGUGGUACGAUCGGAGAUGGCGCAGAAGAAGAUGCAAGAGAAGUUUCGCACUGAACUUCAGAUCCACUCGAAGAUGCGCCACCCCCAUAUCGUCGGAUUCCACCGCGCGUUCGCAUUCGACAGCAGCAUUUACGUGAUCCUCGAGUUGUGCCCGAACGGUUCCGUGAUGGAUAUGGUCAGGAAGAGGAAGUGCCUGAGUUUGCCGGAGGUCAGACGGUUCAUGAUCCAGCUGUGCGGCGCCAUCAAAUACCUACACAAGCGCAAUGUGGCGCAUCGAGAUUUAAAGAUGGGGAAUCUGUUCCUGGACCAGAACAUGGAUAUCAAAGUGGGCGAUUUCGGGCUUGCGGCUAUGAUUGUGUCUGAGAAGGACGAGAAGCGGAGGCGAACGUUGUGCGGGACGCCAAAUUACAUUGCCCCGGAGGUGCUGGACAAAAGUAAAGGAGGACAUACGCAGAAGGUGGAUAUUUGGUCGUUGGGGGUUAUAUGCUUCGCCAUGCUUACUGGCUAUCCCCCGUUCCAAUCGAAAACGCAAGAGGAGAUCUACAGGAAGGUGCGCAACCUCACGUAUGUCUGGCCGAAAGGCUCCGAAUGCGCCAACCACAUCCCCGAUGACGCCAAGUCGCUAGUCAGCUCGUGCCUCAACCUCGCCGAAGAGGAGCGCCCCGACCCGGACGACAUCGUCGAGCACCCCUUCUUCCGCAUGUACGAUGGGUGCAUCCCGAAACGGCUGGACCCGUCAUGCUGCCUCAGCAGACCCAUCUGGAUCAGGCCCGAUGAGCCCCGCGGGGACCGCAUGAUGUUUGGCAAUAGCUUGGAGUACGACGAGAAGUUGUCUGGUUAUAUAGAGCACGUGGAUGAUCCGACGCAGCGGUAUCUCAUCUGCCGCGCUGCAUUCUACACUCUCUGUGGCGUGGGCAGAAAGCCCGAUGGCACGGCCCGGAAGGCUGCUGGAAAGAACUGCGCCAAGUCCGCGUAUGCCGAGUGUCUGGCAGAGGAGGAGAAGGGGUUCCAACCGGUCAUCCCGCUCCCGGAGGACAUCGUAUACAGGUAUCCUCACGAGCCGGUGGGAGACUGGAGCGAUCCCGAUUCCCUCCUGCUCACCCGUAGAGACGGCUCUUCGUUCGAUGACAGUGUGCUGUCGCGAAAGAGCAGUGCGUCUGCCCGGAGUAAUGCGGCCUCUCUCACCCGCACCCAGGCGGCGUUGGCCGCGGCCCAGCAGCGACGAAAGGAGUCUCAAAGCCAUGCCGCGACGCUGCGGCAGCAGGCGGUCACUGGCAGAGGCUCGGUCAGGAAGAUCGCGAUCUGCGACCCCGUAGCUCCAGCGCGGACGGUAUCGGAUGGGACGGAGGAGGACAUCGUGCCGUCCGGGGGCCUUGCGGAUCGACCCAUCCGCACUCGGCGUGGGGUGGCUGCAUCCCAUGGCUCCCUGCGCGAUCUCGACCGGAACAUCGCGCCGCAGGUGGUCAAAUCCAGCACGGCCCCGGCGAUGCUGGCCAUCGGAAAGACGCGCUCGCAGACACGCUCGCAGUCCCGACGACUGGAGGCUACCCAGGAACCCUGCCCGCCGCCGGUAAAAGAGCGGUCCGUAUCGGCAGCACUGGAUGAUCUGCCGGUCCGGCCACGCCAGCCCUCGGUACGGUCGGUGCCCAAGCUGGAGGCCAGAGAUGGUCUCAAGCAGCGGGAGGACCUGAGGCUGCCCAAGGAGGACCUGACAGAUACCCGAUCGACGCGUUCUGAGGCUCUCUCGCAAGCCGUGAGUCGCUCUGGCAGCAAAACCGCCCCGUCUGGAAGCAAGCCCCGCUCGUCACUGGGGAUCCAUCCCCUGUUCCACGUGGAAGACCCGUGCGAGGUGCUGCCUGGGACGUCGCUUGAGGAUGUGAAUGCCGACCUGCGGCAUAUGCUGUCCAACAUGGUACCUCAUUCGGCUGCGCGAAGACGAGCCGGGCUUCGAAGACCCCCCCACGCAUAUGUCAUCAAGUGGGUCGACUAUACGAACCGGUAUGGCAUCGGCUAUGUUUUAGACGAUGGCAGCGUGGGGUGUGUUUUCAAAGCCGAGAACGGCCAACCCGCCAGCGGCGUCGUGGUGCGAGAUGGCGAGAGACACAUCCGGCGGAAGGCCCGAAGCCAGGACAAACAGGAAGUCGCCUACAUCUACUCAGAGGCUGACCAGCUUAUCCCGCGAAACGGCAAGCCGGUGGAGCUGUACGAGAACUGUGGCGGCGACUUCAGCGAAUGCCGGGGAGGGAUGCGGAGGGCGUUGAUCUCGCCGUCCAUCUUCGAAGUGAAGAGCUCGUCGAGCGGGUCAACCGGGCCUGGGAUCAAGAUCCGCACAAACUCGGGGCUGGACUGCGCGCGCGCCGACGCGGAAAAGAUCAAACGGGUCAAGCUGGUCGAUCAGUUUGGCAAGUACAUGAUCGGCUCGUUGGGGCGACACGGCGACGACGCUGUUCUCGAAGACGAGCUGGUCUCCACCAGUGGGGGGCAGUUUAUCAAGUUCUACCAGCGACUGGGGAACGUUGGUGUGUGGGGAUUCGGGGAUGGCGCGUUCCAGUUCAACUUCCCCGACCACACUAAACUCGUCCUAUCCCCCGGCCGCACGCGGAGCUCCUCCCCCUGGAUCGACUUCUACCACCUCUCGCCCUCCGCGGCGCGCUACCUCAGCACCAAAGGCCGCAUGCACCCCUCCGGCUUCGACACCCGGGCCGUCGCCUCCGACGAAGUCUCCACCUUCCUGGGCAUCUCCUACGGCACCAGCGCCAGCUCGCUGGACGAUCGCACGCGCGACAUCCUGGACGCCAACUCCUUCCUCCAGAAAAUCAGCUUCAUCAAAGAAGUCAUGAAAGGCUGGAUCAAGCAAGGCCGCCUCGGCGGGCGGCCGCGCGGCGGCUCGCAGGAGCUCUUCUGGGAGGGCUCCCAGGAGCGCGCGGCAAGCGGCAGCGGCAGCAAGUUCGUCUGGGUGACUGUCGGUGCGCCCGGCGGGGAUGGCGAGUAUCGCUCUGUCUCGCUGAAGGAAAAACGGACGGACGGGGAGGAGGACCGUGAGGUUGAUGCUUUAAGGGAGAGGUUGCGGAUGUUGGGUGGGCCGUUGUAGUGGUGCUUUCUUGGCUUUUUAACGAUGUCA